UUUUUUUUUUGGCCCACCUCUUCUUUCUUUCAUUCGCCUGCCUGCCUCGAUUCGGCUCUCAACAACACCCGGCAAAAGUGCGUCUAGACACUUUAAACUCGGACAUGUGAAGAGAAAAGUUUAUAAUUCUAGCUACCAACAGUGAACGAAGCGGGGAAAACACCAAAAAGUGGAAGAGUUUGAACGUCAGCUUUAACACCAGCCUUCCUUUGGCGUUUUUUUUCUAAUUGCUACGCGGAUUUAAGAAAACUAUGCUGACCGCUUGGAUUAUGGAUUAUGAAGAACGAUCACAAUUGUACAGAUUGCCUUGAAUAACUGCGAGAUUACACAUCUUUUCAUGCACCUUUCCUAAAUCCAUCUCAUCUCAUCUCCUCUCCUCACAUCCGUGUGUUUCGCACUACUGCUGAAAAAGUAGAUUUCAAAAACCUUGCUGUAUUUUAAAUAAGAGAAGGUACACCAUCAUCUUGAUCCGACUAAAGAUGUUGUCCGGGCUGAGAGAGUGGUUCUGGAACGAGAGGCUAUGGUUUCCAGAAGGCCUGGGCUGGGCCAACCUGGAGGAUCGCGAUGGUGUCAUCUACUCCAAAGCAUCUGACCUUUGGGUGACCCUACCCAUCGCCCUCGUCUUCCUUAUCAUACGACAGGUCUUUGAAAGGACGGUGGCCGUUCGUAUGGCCACAGCUAUGGGCGUAAAGGAGAAAACCCGAGUGCGAGUGGCUCACGACCCUAUAAUGGAGUCGUACUUCAGGAUCACAAGUAAAAAUCCCAAACAGGGCGAAAUCGAGAGUUUAGGUAAAAAGACCGGGUACUCAGAGAGACAUAUCCACAGAUGGUUCCGGCGACGACGGAAUCAAGAGAGACCAAACCAGCUGAAGAAGUUCAGAGAGGCCAGUUGGAGAUUUACCUUUUACCUUCUUGCUUUCAUUGCUGGCCUUGCUGCACUUAUUGAUAAACCUUGGUUCUACAAAAUGGAGGAGAUGUGGGCAGGGUUUCCAAUGCUACCGCUGCUGCCUUCUCAGUACUGGUACUACAUGAUCGAACUAGGGUUUUACAUGUCUCUUCUCUUCAGCGUGGCGUCAGACGUCAAGCGAAAAGACUUUAAAGAACAAAUCGUGCACCAUGUUGCCACCAUCUUGCUGAUUAGUUUCUCCUGGUGUGUGAACUACAUCAGAGCAGGAACCCUCAUUAUGCUGGUGCACGACGCCUCUGACUAUCUGCUGGAGUCUGCCAAGAUGUUCAACUAUGCCGGCUGGAGAAAAGCGUGCAACUAUAUAUUCAUCUUAUUUGCUGUCGUCUUCAUAAUCACCAGACUCAUCAUCUUCCCGUUUGGGAUCAUGCGUUGUACCUGGGUGUAUCCAGUGACUAUUUAUCGUCCGUUCUUUGGGUAUUACUUCUUUAACGGGCUGCUGUUUGUGCUGCUUUGUCUGCACAUCUUCUGGGCCAUACUCAUCCUGCGUAUGGCUAUCAAAUUCUUGCCAGGCAAUAAUAUCGUGGAGGACGAGAGGAGUGACAAAGAAGAAACGGAGUCUGAGGAUGACGAGGACGGCGAGACACCAAUGAAAAACGGAGCAGUGCAGAACGGCCACUCUCCCUUAAACAACAACCAUCACCGCAAGAAUGAGUGAUGCUUUCAGAGACGAGAGAAGAGGUACAACACUCCCCUUCAUGUGCACAUGGACGAGAGAGACCAACAAACUAACGUCAGGGCUGUUUGAUAGAUUGAAAAGGCCCAGAGCAAACAAACACACACAUAAUACACAUGUAGUAUAUGUGAUACUAAUUUUUGGAAACAGAAAUACUUUAAAAAAGAGGACCAAAAUAACCUCUUACCCUUUGCAUACUAUUCAAAACACUAUUAGCAGGCACGGUCUCAUUAAAUAACCUUUUUGUUUUCAUACGAUCUGUUUAGAUUGUCUAAUGUUAGUGAUUCUCCAGUUUAGUACCUUAUUAGUACAAAGUUGUACUGCUGUUCUUUUUGGGCAUCACACACUGUUAUCCUCCCUUUAGUUGUCAGUAAGUGUUUUUUUUUUCUGGUCAACUGUCAGAUUUCCCAGUAUUUGUGUUCUGAAGUUGCCAGAAACGGACUGGAAUUAUCUGUCUUUCAUGUCCUAUAUGUUCACUUGACAAUAACAGUCUCACCAAGUGACCUUCACGCGCCUGCUUACCUUAUUAAAACACACGUGACCUUCAUCGCAAGUGUGUGUAUACCGAGGGUCUUCCUCGCUGAUCUUUCUCCAAUGCAGUUGCACUAAAAGAUUAUUGACCCAGCUUUGCUUCUUUUAGAGAUACAAAGACUCAAGAUUUGUAAUGCCAUGAUAGCCUGUCCCAAAGUCGAUGAAUCAGUAUGCUGCUUUUUUUUUUUUUUGGGGGGCGUUUAAUGUUUGUCUUGUAACCGUUGUGUCUGUAAUGAAGCAACAAGUGUGUGUGUGUGUGUGUGUAUCAAACUAAUAUUUGUGUUUUGCUCAGCGUGUGUCCUGUAACACAUUUCUGUUAAAUGCUCAUUCUUAGUUAUAUCAGUUACACAUGCAAGUUAUUUUAAAGAUUUUUUUGUUUUGUUUUUUCAUUUAAGAUUAUUUUUAUUUAAGGUCCAGAUUUUUUUAAGCAAGCCUGAAAAGCUGAUAAUUUAUGCAGUACGGGGAAAAUUGCUUUGUAAAAAAACAACAACAACAAACUACUUGGCAGCAAACCUGCAGUUUAUGUUUUUGUCUCUUCCAUUAAUAUGAUAAAUUAUUUCAAUAAUCAGUAUUGACUGUUGGAUGCACUUUGUAACUCUGUCUUAUGUAAAAUGCAUUAUAAUGAUUGUGUUUUCAGCUAACUUUUUGACAUAACUGAACCUCUGGUUUGCAUUUGUGGUAUUUAUUGGAAAUAAAUUCCAUAGUUUUCAUUAAAAAAGAAAGAAAAAAAAGUUCAAUUAUGGAAUUAGCCCAGUAUGUUAUGUUUACCCAUUGGCUGCUGCUUUACAUGAGGUCAUAUGAAACUUUAAAGGGAGAGUAUCCCCAAAAAUUCAUCUCAUUCCAACUAAGAUAUUGGGAUACAGACAAAAUUUGGAUAUCAUUGAUUGUAUUGUAUGGACAAAAACAAAAGAAUUUUUUUGUGUUCCACAGACAGGAUAGUGAAGAAAUGAUGGCAGAACGUUUUUUUUUUGUUUGUUUUUUUUAGGUGAACUGUCCCUUUAAGUUUCAUAGUCAAUUGUAAGGUCAGGUUUAACAAUUAUCUCUUAUUAUUAUAAUUGCGCAACAGUUUUACAAAUUGUGGUCCACUUUUUUAUUUUGUUUUGUUUUUUAUCAUUAUAUAUGAAAGUCAGUUUCAAUACAGGUGCACUUUUGCAAGUGGAACGAGACAUCUGGAUAGGCUUCUUUUAAGUUUCCGAAUGUUUUCACAAGUGCCUUAUUUGCAAAUGUUUAUUUGUGUUGUUUCCAUGUGUGCUUGUUUUUCCUUGUGUUCUUCACCUCAUCACCUUUAGAUUUUAAGCUUGACCAUCCUCCUCUCUCUCACUCCUCCUCUGUUUACAUACAUUCAAAUUCAUCUCUCCUUGUGGCCCAGUGCCAAGACCAAUCCCCCCACCAUGUCCCGUCAACUCUGGGUCUACUGUUUGAUCAGUGUCCAAACUGCCUGUGUUUUAUGUUGUAUUUUGGAUUAUGUCAUCAGUCGAUGAUGAAAGAUAAAGAUUCUUGUUGAUGACAGUU